UGACUAUAUACACAUAUCGCAAUCAUGGCGUCUUCGUUUGUCCGUAUCGCAAGGACGUCUCUGAAUACACAACGGACCACAUUCGGUCAAAGAGCUCUGUUCUCUUCAUCGACAAAUUCGCAAUGGAGAGCAACUUCUAUACUACAACAAGAAGCAAUAGCAGAAACCAGUUCAAGAGGUUCGGAAGCUGUCACAGGAAACAUUCUCAGAGCUUCAAAGCGAGGAAGAACCCCGAUCGAAAAGCCGGAAGAUUUUAUUACAGCUAUCGCAAAGCCCAGAAGAGGAGAUUUGAAAACCAUCUUGACCGCUUUAGGUGAAGAAGGUACGAUGGACAGCUUGCUGGGAUUAAAUGGCUUCAAGCUUAAGGAAGCCGGUGUUCCAGUCAAAGAGAGGCGGUAUUUCCUUUGGUGCUUAGAACGUUUCAAACAAGGUCAACAUCCCUCAGAAGUUGCAUACGACAUCAAACCAAAGAAAACGAUUCGCGGUUGGGGUCCUCGUGUCCAGAACGGGAUCAGAGUCAGAGGGAUGAAGCGACCUGGAGAGAAGUGAAAAGGUUUGCUAUCAACCAAUGUAUGUAUCAGUAUUUGUCAAUUUAUUCCUUCGCUCUC